AGGAGAAAAAGAGCAAGGAAGAAGCUUGGUCUUUGAAAACCUGAAACAGUUUUUCUACUGACUCAGUUUAUUGCCGUGGUAACAAAGCAGUUGUUGCUUAGGCCCUGGGAGCUGUUCACCAUUAGAGCCCUAGGCUGCAAUGUGUGCGGGAGGGGCAGUUGUCACAAUCCUUGUAGCCCACAGUGUGCAUCUCACGUGGCAGCUCUUCUCUUCUUCCUACGCCCAGCCCCUUUCUCUCCUCUUGCCUGUCCUACUAAUUCUCUGACCUUAUACGUCAUUUUCUCCUGGCCUCGGGAAUGCAGUUUCUUCUUUGGUGUUGGGCAACUGGGUUGGAUGAAGCCUCCUUCCUCACCCAUCUGGUGAGCUCAAGAGAGGUGCCACCUCCUUUGGCUGGGUCCUAGACCUGGUUUUAGUGCCAACUCUCCUCCCAGCUCUCCUGCUCUUCUGUCCUUACCUCCAUGCUCUAGCAUUGCAGGCGGCCUCUUCUCCCUCUGUGCCCUGACGUCCUGAAGGCAGUCUGCUGACUCUGUCACAGGAACCGCGGUCUGGAACCCCUACAGGUUUAGAGAGGGCCCAAGAACAUUGGGGACCUACAAGGGGUCUGCUGGGAUUGGCAGAAAGAUUCCAUUCCUUGUCCCAGGGAACAGACGUAGUCAUGGAUCCUCUCUCAGAGCUGCAAGAUGAUCUGACCUUGGAUGAUACCAGCCCAGAUCUGAACCAGUUGAAGCUAGCCUCCAUUGAUGAGAAGAACUGGCCUUCUGAUGAAAUGCCAGACUUUCCCAAGUCAGAUGACUCUAAAAGCAGCUCUCCAGAACCUGUCACACACCUGAAGUGGGAUGACCCUUACUAUGACAUUGCCCGGCACCAGAUUGUGGAAGUAGCAGGUGAUGAUAAAUACGGGCGAAAGAUCAUUGUCUUCAGUGCCUGUCGGAUGCCCCCCAGCCAUCAGCUGGACCACAGCAAGCUCUUGGGGUACUUGAAACACACACUGGACCAGUAUGUGGAGAGUGACUACACACUGCUGUACCUGCACCACGGCCUGACCAGUGACAACAAGCCCUCCCUCAGCUGGCUACGGGAUGCCUACCGGGAAUUUGAUCGCAAGUACAAGAAAAACAUCAAAGCCCUGUAUAUCGUGCACCCAACCAUGUUUAUCAAAACCUUGCUUAUCCUCUUCAAGCCCCUCAUCAGUUUCAAGUUUGGACGGAAGAUCUUCUAUGUGAAUUACCUGAGCGAGCUGAGUGAGCAUGUGAAGCUGGAGCAGCUGGGGAUCCCUCGCCAAGUGCUCAAGUAUGAUGACUUCCUCAAAUCCACCCAAAAGAGUCCUGCAACAGCUCCCAAGCCCAUGCCACCACGCCCCCCGCUGCCAAAUCAGCAGUUUGGGGUCUCAUUGCAGCACCUCCAGGAGAAAAACCCAGCCCAGGAGCCCAUUCCCAUUGUGCUCAGGGAGACAGUUGCCUACUUGCAGGCUCAUGCUCUCACCACAGAGGGCAUCUUCCGGAGGUCGGCCAACACCCAGGUUGUACGGGAAGUGCAGCAGAAAUACAACAUGGGGCUGCCAGUGGACUUUGACCAGUACAACGAGCUGCACUUGCCGGCAGUCAUCCUCAAGACCUUUCUUCGGGAGCUUCCUGAGCCCUUGCUGACCUUUGACCUCUACCCCCACGUUGUGGGCUUCCUCAACAUUGAUGAAAGCCAGAGAGUGGAGGCCACACAGCAGGCUCUCCACACACUGCCAGAGGAGAACUACCGGGUGCUCCGUUUCCUGACUGCCUUCCUGGUACAGAUAUCUGCCCAUUGUGACCAGAACAAGAUGACCAACACUAACCUGGCUGUGGUCUUUGGCCCUAAUCUGCUGUGGGCCAAGGAUGCUGCUAUCACCCUCAAGGCCAUUAAUCCCAUCAACACCUUCACUAAGUUCCUCCUGGAUCAUCAAGGGGAGCUGUUCCCCAGCACAGACGCCCAGGCGGUCUGAGCACAGCCCCACCAGCCCCUUCUCUGGCAGCCCCAGCUGGACUUGUCCUCCUGCUAUUAACCGUAUUGGAGUCCAGGGUUCCUGCCUAGGAAGGGGCCCCGAAGCCCUAGAAGAUGGAAGUUGGAGCUCACUAACUGGGCAGCCCCUCCUCUCCCUCUGUCCGCCCACCUCACCAGCCCUCGAGGCCUCUGUUAUCGUAAGACAUUUUCUUUGCCUUAUACCUCUCACUGCCUCUUUGGUUGCUGGGCUUUCCAGAACUGGGCUUGGCGCCUCUGGGACCGAACCUCAGUAACCCUUUUCUUUUUCCUGCCUGUUUCCCUGGCAACUGUAGAAGACUAAAUCACUGCCGGCUGUGGUGGUAUGGGGGCUGGUCCUCUCUUUUCUGCUUGUUAGGAAAUGGGACAGCUGAGCCCUUGGCUUGAGCUGGCUCUCCUGGGUACCUCCCUUUCUGGUCAGUUGCUGUGCUUUUUAGAAGUGAGUGUUGGCCUGGGUACAAGUUCCCUCUGCUGCCCUUCCUACUAGUAGGGAUGACAAGACCAGAGUUGGCUUGUCACUUCUGCCUCCUGGGUCUGUUCCUCCCCAAGUGGUACUGCUCCCAGUGUGUACCAGUCCCCCAUUUCUGCCACACCUGGCAUCUUGGAUAACAAGACUGAGCCUCUGAACACCUGUUGAAAUGGUCCUCGCCACUCCUGGGGAGCCCAGUGUCAGGUGUGUCAGCAGCAUAGUCCUGCCCCUCCAUCCUCUCAUGUGUACAGGUCCCCAGCCAGUGGUCCAUGUCGCGACCAGAGGCCCAGUGCUCCAGGAUCCCUGGUGCCUCUUACUUCCUGCCUGGGUACUCUUGGAGGGCAAGGAGCUCAGAAGCCACUAAGAGGGGCAGGGGUUUUACUAAUAAAUCACCCCACCAGGAAGAUUGAGGGAGUGUGGUGGCUACAGGGCCGUUGUCUCUCAUAAACCCUGAGCCCCAGUGAUGACUGACCGCUUUCAUUCCACGCCUAGUGAAAACUUGUGACCCCCUUCCAGAAGUCUGCCCCUAGUGAUGGGCUGGUGCGGCCAGGCAUGACAGCUCCAGAGAUGGCACUGGCUAUCGUGGGACCUGCACUGAGCAUCUUGCAAGCGACGCCACUGUGUAUCAGGUCUCUGGUGCCUGAAGUGCUGCUUCUGUCAAUCCUGGCCCAACCUGGGCCACUCGAUUUUCACCCACCUUUUUGUAUCAAGUGUUGCUGCACUCCAUUUAUUGAGGAGCCUUUGGGACCUCUCUAGCCCUGCACCUGCCCUGUCAGUGUGUAGCUGGGGGCGCUCUUACUGUGAAUCCAGUGUUCACAUUUACCGUGAUUUUCUUGGCCCCAAUCAUGUAUUUCACCAUCUGCACUUUUUGUAUUUCAAUAAAAAUGAAAAUGGAAAUGCC